AUGUCGUCUGAGAUGGAGGCUCGUCUCGCUCGGGUGGAAGAUGGGCUAUCGGAAUGGACCGCCGCGACGAGAACACGCUGGGAGGGCUUGACGGCGUUGAACAACCGUAUGUGCGAACUCUACCGGAGCAAGGGUGGAAUGUGGCACGUCAAGAAAGAGCUUUACGAAUUGGUUCUUCAGGACUUGGAUACUGCUCUGAGCUGUAUGGAGGACAUUGCCCUCCAAACCCAGGUACGGUCGGAGAUCCGCGGUAUCCUUUCGGCAGAGGAGGAGGUGAUCGGGGUGUUCCCCACAGGAGGUGACUGGGGAGCGAAUACGGGGGUUGAUAUCCGGUUUCGUGCCUCUUUGGUGGCCCUACGCUUCUCCGAUCUCGUCAGAUCCACCCUCCGGCCCUUUUUGAACCAGCUGUAUGGCCCCCUAAAGUGCUGA